AUGUUCGCGCAUGCCUUUACACACAAACCAGAGAUAACCAUGACAAAUCCAGCCAACAUGACUUCUCCCGAAGUCCAUCAAUGUGAAUCUUUAUUCCAAACAUUAUCCUACUACUCGUUAUUUCUAUUAAUAACACUUAUCAUCUUCCCACCAUACUUCUACAUUUCGAAGAUAAUUACAAUUUUUUUCUCAACUUACCCUACUUCCAACUACAAAAUUGCCACAUUUCAGCCUCAUCUUUGGAAGAACACGGUAAAAGGUCUCGUAUCGCUCACAAUUCUGAUGAUUCUAGAUCUGGACUUCAUCUUCUACUAUGGCAUCUAUUACAUUGCGAGUAAAUCACAUGCGUUUUCACAUGUGAAGCAGGGUGGAAAACUCACGCUCCUCGCGUUUAUGCUCACCCUAAAACUACACUGGCUUUUGGUUGUGACUGUUUACGAGAUUGGUGAAGUGUUGGCAGACGAAACACUCUCAUACGAGAGAAUAAUAGGGAGACUAAAGGGAAUGCACAAAACGGAGACCGACGCAGACAAUAAGAGAGAAAUAGAAAAUUCUUCCGAUCUCAAACAUUCAGAAAGUCAACCUCCCUCGUCCCAAGCAAGAGAUCAUCUUUUCCUCAAUCUGGUGGAUUUCGACACCAAGGAAGAAGGGCAUACCCAUCUCGAUAAGCAUGCUACUGUCGACGAAUCGAUAUCCCCAACUUUUUCUCUUUCUCCGUUUCAUUUUACUAGACUCCGGUCAAGAAUCACCAUUACCCUUCCGAGCCCUGUGAGAUCAAGAAUCCGUGAAAUGAUUGAUUCAGCUACCCAAGAUUUGCAACCCGUAAAGAGACAUAAAGCGGUUCGAAUGAUUGUAGAAACCGAGCAAUAUACAGAGAAAUUGUACUCGAGGUCAAAAUCUAACAUACCACGAAUGGUUGAGCAAUUGGAGGGGUUGGAAAGAAAAUUGAAGGAUAUUUUUGUGAAUGCGGAAAUGACUGCUGCCAAUAUUGAGGCCGGUGUCUUGACUCCCUCAACUUCUUCGGGUGAAUGGACACCUGUUGCAUUAUCAUCGACUCACGCGGCCCGCUCUGAAUUCACAUUUGGGCAUGAUGCUGAGGAUGAAGAUGAGGACAUGCCGUCUGGUUCGUUGACACCUUUAACUUCUUCAUCCCGAUACCGAUCCUCACCCAGUCCAACUACCACCAUCUAUUAA